CUACGUCAUCAUCCUGCGCCUUUGUUGUCAGGCUGGACGAGAGCGGAUGUGUGUGUUCCCUCGGAGCUAACAAACUCUGGCGGUCAUUUAGGUGGAAAAUUGUCGUCUGAGAUGAUUGUGUUGAGGUUUUGACGUCACUGGAUCGUCCCAAAAGUGGGAUAGGUGUGAAAUUUAAACCGUAGGACUCGUUGUUGAAGAGGAACUAAAACAAAGGGUACACAUGUCUGCAGCAGAGACAGUGGAAAACGCCUCCAUUAUUGCAGAGAGCGCGGCGCAUGAUGGAAACCGCCUGUGGAUCGGCAACAUCGAUCCCAAAAUCACAGAGUAUCACCUGGUGAAGCUUUUGGAGAAGUUUGGCAAAGUGAAACAGUUCGACUUCCUGUUUCACAAGUCCGGGCCCAUGGAGGGGCAGCCGCGCGGCUACUGCUUUGUCAAUUUCAGCACCAGAGAGGAGGCAGAGAGGGCGAUCCAGCGUUUAAAUGGGAAGCUAGCUCUAUCAAAGAAGCUGGUGGUGCGAUGGGCGCACGCUCAGGUGAGGAGGUUUGAGGGUUUUCGUAAUGAGAAGACGAUGCCUGCGAGCCUGGAACCGUCAUGCAGUGGCUCAACAGAGGCAGGAUCCAUUACAACAAGCAACCUCAGCACGAGCGCCAAGAUACGUGCCAUUGAGGCCAAGCUCCAGAUGAUGGAGGAGAAUCCAGAUGAUAGCUUCUCAGGCCCGUCGGCCUAUGUUUACAACAAACCGCCUGAGAGGAAGCGCUGGGAGCCCUACUCUAAAUCGCACCACAGCAACCAGAGCAGGCCCUUCCGCAAGUUCAGGAGAUGACCCGUCCUCCUCCCUCCUCUCUCCUCUGAAGACCCCCAUCUUCCCCUUCUCCUCCAUGUUCUGAUCUCCCCCUCCCCCCUUCCCCCCAAUCUCUACACAGACUCUUAAAUCUGAGAACAGAAGCAAAUGAACAGCACAAGGACUGUAUGGGUGCUGAAAGUUUAUUUUUACUGCUGUGCCAGUGACCUGACUGGCUCAAACUAUUAAACUCUGUCACUCGUGCUCAUUUUGAUGCAGCUCA